AUGGCCCUUCUGUCGCGGUCGUCCCUUCGCGGCUCUGUGCGACGGAACCCCGACCCUGCGCACAACGACGGUCAGGGUCCGCCGAUGAAGAAACAGCGAACCCUGCAUGACCUGUGGCCGCGUCGCCGGCAGAGUUCGCCUGACUGCCUUGACACCACUACGCCGGACGAGAGCCGGAGCUCCGGCAGAGCUCGACACGCCAAUCCCCCUCCCUUGAAGCCGACGCGCCCUCGUCCCUCCUCCCGUCGCACUCGUCGCCGGUCCUCCUCGGUGGACUCGAUCGCGUCGGACCAUCAAUUGGCCACGCCUGGCCAUCCUCGCGUCCACGGCAAUGGGGCCGUCAAGAAACUCCGGGGCUCUCCCGACCCAUUGGACAUGAUAUCGCCGGUAGCAAUCAACCCAGCACCCCGGGCGCGUCCCGACGCCUCGGCCUCGACGGCGGAUGGGGCGAAGCCGACGAUAUCCCCCACUGUGGCGCGCAAGGCCAGACGCGGCGACCUUGGAGGCGAAGGACAUUCAGAGGCGUCUGAUACGGUCAAGAGGGAGAGCAAACAUGCGGCAUUGGAGAAAUCAGCCGAGCCUAUCUCGGUCGAGGCGACGCGGUCGCAACGAACGCUCAAGGGCGAUCAGACCGCGCACGAAGCGCCAGCAACGGUCACUGAGCGGACAGGCACGGAGAGGCGAUCACUUCGCUCGGCAGACACGGCAGCUCGAUGCAAGAGCGAGCUGGCUCAAUAUUUUCAUAAUUAUGAACAAAUUAUCAGCCUGGAGGACCCUAAGCCUGAACUUCUUGCCGCAGCCACAAUUGUCACCCUUGUAGAUGACCUACCCGAACCAUUACCCCUUUCCUCUACCCCAAACCCCACGCCGUUUGGCAAUCCACUCGAAAAACUCUAUGACUGUCAAGCCAUCACGCUUCCGGAGCCCGCGUCAAGCUCGCUGGGGAUUGAUCCGCUCAAUGAAGAAUUAUACUUCAAAGCGCACCGGAAGUUCGAGCGCCAGGAAAAACAACUGCGCAACAUUGAACGUGAUCGGGCACAGCAUGAGAAACAGCACGUCGAACGGCUCCUGGAUGAACUACGCGGCCAAGAUUGGCUCCGUGUGAUGGGCCUUGUAGGCGUGCACGACAGUGAAAAGAAACUGUAUGAGCCGAAACGGCAGAUCCUUAUGGAUGAAUUGGUCGCCCUUGUGACCAAAUUUCAAGUCUGGAGGGACGAGGAGAGAAAACGCAAGCUGGCUAAGGAGAAGAAUCUACCCGUGGCCGAUGCUGAAGCCGAGUCUCAUGCACCCUCCCGACACUCUCGCAAACGCUCCCGAGCCGCCGAAGAGCUGGAUGAAGACAGCUCUCCGUUGCCCCCCACCCCCAGCACUCCCGACCCCAGCGACGUCGACGCCUGGGCCGCCCGCCAGCUGCACCAGGAAACGCGCUCCGCGUUCGACGCCAAACGGCGCAAAUCCGUCUCAGAGAGCCGGAAGCCCCGGCCCAACCGCCCAGAUGACGACGAUCUGGCGGCCUCAGCAAACGAGACCAAAAGCUCGGCCAAACGACCGAAGAACCCACCCGUCACUCAACCUGCCCGAUCCCCUUCCCCGCCUGCUCCUGUCCCGAUCUUCUAUCCUCCUCCCCCAGACAAACCCUUCACUUCAUUCUUCGAACAUCCGCAUCUGCGCGAGAUGGCCCUCGCCGAUGCCAGUGGUCCCCGUAGCGAUCGCACGCACACCCUCCUCGCCUUUGGCCAUCCAAUGCCCAGUACGGAGGAACGUGAUUUCGAGCCUCCGGCUGAGCUGAUCACCGAUGAAGCCAUCCAGUCGUCACAGCGGCAGCGACGGAGAUUGAAGCGACGGAGUGGAGUCAAUUGA